AUAAUAAUAAUAAUAAUAAUAAUAAAAUGUCAAUAAAAGUAGAAUUUACUAUACAGGUUGGAAAGGGAAGAUAAUGAAAGUAUACAGAAUUUUAAAAAAAAUGUACAGAAUGGUCAUCUGGUCAGUGAUGGUCAUGUGGUGUCUCUUUGAUGGAGGAUGUAAAAUUCAAAAAUGGUAAACAGUGUUAGAUUUGCAGAUUGUGGUGAGUUCUACUUUCGAAAAGUAUGCCUAUAGAGGAGAAGCAACUGAUAAAAUGGCCCAUGAUUGUAGAUACAUGGUAGUUGUACUUAAUAAACAAUAAAUUUGAAUUUACAGCAGUCCGCUGUAUUCAUAUAUUCAGUUUUCUACUUUUAUUUUUUUCAAAAGUAUUUGCUUUGUGUUGAAAUUUCUAUGUGGUGCACUCAUGUUUCAUUGCUCUUCAUUGCUACAGUUGAUGUCCCACUUAUGUAAUCAAUUGUAUAAUUAAACGAACCUUUUUCUUAUGAUUAAAGCUGAAAACAAGGUCAGUUUAGUGCUGCCCAGAUGACUAACAACUGAAAAUGAAAAACUUAUUUAUAAUGGCACCAUUCAUAUAGCCUAUAGGACAUGAAGAGCCAUGAACAAACAAGGCUGUAAUGAGGCAUUAGUGGGGACUAGAGAAAAUAAUACAACACCAACAACAAACACACACACACACACACACACACAGAGAAAACGGAUUAUUAUCUGUAUUGACUUUCGCAUGUUGUCCAACUCCCAAAAACAUGUCGGUAGGUGGAUGCUUGCUUGUUCUUGUUUUUAUUGUUGUUGUUCUUCGCUUUACGUCAUUUUUUUCAUUUAUAUUUUAUAUUUUCAUUAAUUCUACGGGAAUUCAGCAAUAUCUCUCUGCUUUCUACCUAAUUUAAACAUUAAACUUUACUUUAAAAUGGCAGAAUUAGUCAUAAAUUUAUACUUAAUAUACAAGCAUACAUGGAAUAAUGAAAAUGUGUAAAUAAACUGAUAGUGCGGCAGUAAAUGUGCGUCACGCGCUCCGUGGUAUAAAAGAAUGAGCGCGCGCUGUGGAGCGCACAGUAAAGAAGGCAUGCGCUCGGACUGUACACACACACACACACACGCACGCACGCACGCACGCACGCGCGCGCGAGGGAGAUAAUUCUGGCGAAUGGACGAAGUUAAUUGCGCUCCAGAUGAACUUCACAUAGCUCAGUUACGAGCUGAGCGCGCGUUUUGUUGCUUCGCCAUGCCGACUGCGUGAGUGCCAUGGAAAGGAACGAUACGGCAUCGGGCGGCGCGUGUGAGAGCGAGCUGGAAUGCCGAGCUGCGCUGGAUAACUGCACUGGCGCUUUGGAUGCAAAUCUUUCCGUGCGCUGUUGGCUGCAUCUGCUGACGAGAGAGUAUGACUCGACGUUACAAGGGGACCCCUCGAGUCUGGCGUUGCGCGUUAUGAUUGCGCUCGUGUACUCGGUGGUGUGCGCGCUGGGGCUGGUGGGUAACGCGCUGGCACUCUACCUGCUCCACUCGCGCCACCGGCAGAAGCAAAGCUCCAUUGACUGUUUCGUUAUGGGCCUGGCUUUUACUGACUUGCAGUUUGUGCUUACACUGCCCUUCUGGGCCGUGGACACAGCACUGGACUUCCGCUGGCCAUUUGGUCAAAUUAUGUGCAAAAUCGUGAGUUCUGUGACCACCAUGAAUAUGUAUGCCAGCGUGUUCUUCCUCACCAGCAUGAGUGUGGCUCGGUACUACUCCAUCACAUCGUCCCUAAAAAUGCAUGGACAUCGGUCAGCUGCGAUCAGGGCCAAGUGGGUCAGUUUAGGAAUCUGGGCUGUAUCGUUCCUAGCCACACUGCCACACACUGUCUACUCCACUAUUGCCCAAGUGGCACCAGAUGAGGAGCUCUGCCUUGUCCGAUUCCCAGAGUCAGGCAGCUGGAAUCCUCAGCAGGUUUUGGGCCUGUACCAGAUGCAGAAGGUGCUGUUAGGAUUUGUCAUCCCACUGGUGGUAAUCUCUCUGUGCUACCUGUUGCUCCUGCGCUUUGUGAUGAGCCGUAGAAUCCUCGGCAGCGUAAGCUCUGAGACUGAGCAGGGUCGCAACAAGCGGCGGUCUAAAGUCACGAAAUCAGUUGUGAUUGUGGUGCUCUCCUUCUUUCUUUGCUGGCUGCCCAAUCAGGCACUCACGCUGUGGGCCGUGCUCAUUAAGUUUGAUAUGGUACCCUUCAGCAAUGCCUUCUACAAUGCCCAGGCCUACGCGUUCCCACUGUCUGUGUGCCUGGCACACACCAACAGCUGCCUCAACCCAGUGCUCUACUGCCUCAUCCGAAGAGAGUUCCGUGCUGGCCUCAAGGAGCUAGUGAUUAGAGCAACACCAUCGUACCGCAGCCUGGCACAGAUGCUCCCCCGCAAGGCCAAAGUUGCAGAGGCUCCCACUGUUUAGUGUUAUUGCAGAUGAUUGUCAGAAAAAAAAAAAAAGACCUCAACCUGACUGAAAUUGCAAUACACAAUGCACUGACAUACAAGCCUUUUGAAGCUGUUACUUAAAUCUUAGUUUUUGCGUGAUAGACGGGAUCAGACAUGCGGAAUCCCUUGUGGAGCAUGCCCCAGAUUCUUUUGCUCUUUUUGUGCUCUUUGUUUGAUCCAUUUCCCUUGACUGUUCCAUCUCUGAUCUUGUUUUUGACAUGCACAUUUGGUCUUCAUUUGGUCUGCAGAGCAGGGCAAUUUCCCUUCACCUUCAUUUUGGUGGUGCAUCAAGGACAUCCAUAAGGAGAACAAUAAAUUAUACAUUUGUGUACUUCAACCUUUGAUGUGUGCAGAAGUGCAAGCAGCUGUUCUACAAUGCCUGACUAGUUCAUGAGCGAUAUGAAAGGGAAAAAAAAAUCGACUGUUUGAUGCACACAUCGUAGGUGAUUACUUUAAAAUCCCCUUACCUUUAGUGAAAUCAUGAUAUAAGUUGUUCAUUAUAUGUGUGUAAAACAAAUGUGGAUAAAAAGUGUAUAUUUAUGAAAAUGGUAUAAAAAUCAGCAAAACUAAUAAACAUGAUAGCUGCUCUUAACAGGUAUGAGUUCAGUUUCUUAACACUUAACACUAAUAAUAUUUCUUGUCUCUUGCAUGUAGUGUUAUUCGUCACACAUCCACACACACACACCAAUAGGUGUCUUACAGAAAGGUUUAUGAGUGUUAUAUUUAUUCCAACCUAAUAACUUGUGUUCCACCCUAAGGACUGCAUGUGUGCAAGUACAAAGUGUAGCUUAUUUCCUUUCUGUGUAUAUUGAAUGAUGGAGUAGAAAAUGUCUAUUGGAAUUACAAAACACUUUACUCUGACACUUUACUCAAUCACUUUAUCAGACACUUUACUCUGAUGAAAGGCUUUGGUAAAUGAAUGUGACAUCAGAUCCAGAUGCACAAAUUGUAUUUCCAAAACUCUGGCCAGUGACAAAUAUCUCUGAACAAUUUCAUGUCAAAGUUUGUCUCGUUUUCACAAGGUCAAUCAGCCCAAUACAGGAGUGCGUGUUCCACAGUAUGUAAAAGAACUGUAGCCAGCUGGAACCUUCUUCUGAGAAUUAGGCAAAGAUGUGUAAAACGGAACCAGAUAGAGGUAAAGAUACAACAGGAUUUAAAGUUUAAAUCUGAACUUAAUUGGAAUCUAAAGUGACUCUGUGUGACAUUUCAGUUCAAAAGCUGGUAAUGAAUCCUGUCUUUGUGGCUCUGACACACAGAAGUGUCAUUGUCAGACACUUCAGAUUGUUAAAAUAUCACCAGAAGUGAGAUCUAUAUUUUAAAAACAGCAACUUUCUUUUGUGUGGUUCAGAUAGCAAUUGUGGAUACUAUAUAUGAAAACUGAAAACUGCCUAUACCUGGGCUUUGAUAGUGUUCUUAGCUGUGCUUCAUAUACUAUAGUUCAAUUCUGUGCUGGUGUAGCCUAGGGUAAAAGGGGCAAGAAAUGACAAGCAUCACUGAUUGGCACAUAAAGGUUUUUUUUUUUUUUUAUUAUUUUUUU